GAAACGUUAAAUUCUUUUGUGAGUGAAAAUUAAACAAAAACAAAAAUCAAAAUCAAAAUAAGACUUAAUUCAAAUCUACAUCAAAUCACUUGGCAGCAACACAGCAUCAAUCAUCUUAACAGCUGUUACAUUCAAAAGUUUGCUACACUCACGAAACGGAUUGACAUGUUUGCUCAGCGCAACGUACGAAACACCUGAGCGUACGAGCGAAUGAUACACGAAAUCUGUGAGUUCGGCGGUAUUUGCCGAGUCGCGUAUUUUACGGCGGAGUUUGAGGAAAGGCUACAGAUCUCUGCGACAGCAUAAACUCUCAGCUGUGUUCGUCGUUUUGCUAUCGCUAAAUUGUCUUCAGCGUUAAUUUGCCGGUGUGCAAGUGCGCUCGUGAGCAACGAUUCGUCAGUAGGCGAGUUGACUUUUCGCCGCAAUUGUUAUAUUUUUAACACGGCGUUGCAGUGCCAAUAAGACACUCGUUAAUUUCUGUCGUAUUUUCGCCGUACGCGAGUCGUGCUCGCGUGUUAUUGCUGUUGUGUCGGUGUUAGUGMCUCGUUGGCACGUUUGAUUAGUCGCUAGUGUGUUUAUUUAAUACAAAUCCUGUCGCUCAGCGAGCUCAGUUCGUGUUUGAAUUUCGUGAUGUGCGGUUAUUAAUUUGCGGCUGCUACGGGUCAGCAACAAAAAAUCGUCUAAACGAAAUAUUCGUCGGAUAUUGGACUUCAAUGAAAGUCAAAAAUACUCGUAUACUUAGAAAUGCGGUGAUGAACGAAAUUAUUGUGUGGUUAAAUAUUUCAGAAUGGAAAUUUUAACUCAAGUCGAGUUAAUUAGUUCAAAACCGAGUUAAAAGCAAAUGAGUAUGCUGGCGUAAUUUUCAACUUGCAACAUUAAACAAAAAAAUUGAAAACGGAGAAAAUAAACAGAAAAGAAAAACAUAAUUAAAGGCAAAGCGUAUAUAUCAUCAUUAUUAAUAAAAAUUUAAAUUAUAUUAAUCAUAACAAAACGCUCAAAUACCAAAUCAUGUGCUCAAAACAAUUAAAUUUUGAUUGAAAAUUUGUAAAAAAAAAAUAUUUUGGAUGAAUUGUAAAAAUCUUCUUCAAUCAAUUUUGUGCAUAAAUUCAAGUGUAAAAAUAGUUUAGUACAAAAAUUUGUUCAGAAGAUUUAAUCAUAGAUCAGUGCGAAUAAAAUUGUGUUACCUUAAGGAAAUAUUUGUUUGUGAAAAAUGUGCUCAAAACACAGCUGGCACAACGGUGCGGCAUGCACGGCCGUGUCGCGUUUGCUCACCUCCAUAAUACUUUUAGCUCUUGUGGAUUACGCCUAUUCGGAUUAUGAAAAUACGUGGAAUUUAUAUUAUGAACAACCUUGUUGUUUGCGUACACCCAACGUGCAUCACAUACGGGAUCGGAUAUUUCGCUUGAAUCUGCAGAAUAUAAGUCAAUCAAUUUGUGAGCGCGAUGUGCUCAUAUUGGAACCAUCCGGUUCAGAUAUACUCAGUUGUGUUUCCAAAGGCAAACGAGAGAAGGUGGAAUGCCGCAACCACAUACGCGUCAUACAACCGAUGGAGUCCGGCUCGCGUCUGUAUGUGUGCGGCACGAAUGCGCACAAYCCGAAGGACUACGUGAUAAAUGCGAACUUAACACAUUUACCCAGAUCGGAGUACGUGCCGGGCAUCGGUUUAGGCAUUGGCAAGUGUCCCUACGAUCCCGCCGAUAACUCCACAGCAGUUUAUGUGGAGAAAGGCAAUGCCUUCGGAUUACCAGCGCUGUAUUCCGGCACAAAUGCUGAAUUUACCAAGGCUGAUUCGGUUAUAUUCCGUUCGGAUUUGUAUAAUUUCACAUCCGGUCGGAAGGAGCACAAUUUCAAACGCACCGUGAAAUAUGAUUCCAAAUGGCUUGAUAAACCAAAUUUCGUUGGAUCCUUUGAUGUGGGCGAAUAUGUGUACUUCUUUUUCCGCGAACACGCUGUCGAGUACAUCAAUUGCGGCAAGGCGAUCUACUCACGCAUCGCACGUGUCUGCAAGAACGAUCGCGGCGGCAAAUAUAUGAUCAGUCAAAAUUGGGCGACCUAUCUGAAGGCGCGUAUCAAUUGCAGCAUCUCUAGCGAAUUUCCAUUUUACUUCAAUGAAAUACAGUCGGUUUAUAAAAUGCCAAACGAUGACACCAAAUUCUAUGCCACCUUCACGACGAACACACACGGCAUUGUCGGCUCGGCGGUGUGCAGCUACGACAUACGCGACAUCAAUGCGGCUUUCGAAGGCAAAUUCAAGGAGCAAGCCACCUCCAACUCUGCCUGGCUGCCAGUGCUGAACUCCAAAGUGCCGGAACCACGACCRGGCACAUGCAUCAACGAUACGGCAGCGCUGCCAGAUUCGGUGUUGAAUUUCAUACGCAAACAUCCGCUAAUGGACAAGGCGGUCGAUCAUGAGUUCGGCAAUCCGGUCUUCUACAAACGGGAUAUCAUACUCACCAAACUGGUGGUGGAUAAAAUUCGUAUCGAUAAACUAAAUCAAGAGUAUCUCGUAUACUUCGUUGGCACCAGCACCGGACUCAUUUACAAAAUCGUUCAAUUCAUACGCUACGGUCAGCGCUUCUCGAACCUGCUCGACGUGCUGCAGGUGGCCGACAAUGAGCCGAUACGCGAAAUGGGUUUGAGUCAGAAGACGGGCUCGCUGUACUUGGCGCUGGAGCACAGUGUAAAGCAAAUCGAUUUGGCGAUGUGCGCCCGCCGCUACGACUCGUGUUUCCGCUGUGUGGCCGAUCCGUACUGUGGCUGGGACAAGGACGCCAGCACCUGUAAGCCAUAUCAGCUGGGAUUGCUGCAGGAUGUUGCCAAUGAGACUUCCGGUAUUUGUGACACAAGCGUUUUGAAAAAACGCAUCACCGCAUCCUACGGCCAGACAUUGCAUCUGUCGUGUUUCGUCAAAAUCCCCGAGGUGCURAGGCAGAAGUCGGUACGCUGGUAUCACCACUCAACGGAACGAGGACGCUACGAAAUAAACUACAGUCCCGCCAAGUACAUUGAAACCUCAGAGGGUGGCUUGGUGAUUAUAUCGGUGAAUGAAGGUGAUGGCGGACGAUAUGACAGUUACCUGGAUGGAUCGCUGCUCUGCAGUUACAGUGUCAAUGUGGAUGCGCACAGCAAUGCAAUAUGAAAGAGAAGGCGAGCGCAAAGCAUACGAAUGAUGUCUAUAGUAAUGAACCUGUGGUCUGACCRCCAGGUAGUGCGACAAACCACUAAAGACUGAACUUUUUAAACUUUUGAAAGACAAUAUUUUCGUAUUUUAACAAUUUUAAUUUGCUAAAAAUUCUUGUAACUAAAAUGUUCUACARUUAAAAAAUAUAUAAAUCAACAUAAAAAUGAAAUAGAAAAACACACGGAAAUUGUACAGCAACAAAAAGAAGAAAAUAGUAUAAAUAAAUGAACGGUUAAAGAAAGUGAAACAUCAAAGGCCUACCGUAAAGAAUUUCACAAGCUUAAAAAAUACAGCAAAUGUAUUACAGUGUGUUACACAUGCAGCAGCAUGUACACACACAGACACACCCACACAUACCGCAACAGACGCGAGACAGUUUGAGUCGAAGGUGGACGACAACAGUAAAGUUACUAACAAAGAGAUCCUGCCAGCAAUAAAUAUACGAAAUAUAAGCAACAAAUAAAUAAGCGAAACAAAAAAGCAACAACAGAAGGUUUUAAAAGAAGCGAAAAUGUAAAAAAAAAUCGWGAAAGAAAUAACAAUAACAACAAUAUAAAUAUAGCGAUAACAAGCACAUAAAUAGAAAGUAAAGAAGUGCGUACGAAACUAGACACAUAUACAACAGCAUUUAUAUACACAAGCAUAUACAUAUGCAUGCAAACAUGCCUGCCUGCCUAAAAGUAUGCUAAGUGACAGUGUGAAUUCAGCUCAACGAAAGCAUCAAACCACCUACAAAAGAAUUAAAAACAAAAGCAACAACAAAAACAUACACGAACAGAACACCAUAAAAUAAGAGACAAAAAAUAAAAACAGCAWCAAGAACAAAAAAGUAUUUAAGAACGAAAAAUUGCAAGAAUUUUUUAAAAUUUAUUAAAUUUAAUUACUAGAAAAUAGAACACUGAAAAAAAAACACACAAUUAAAAUAAAAUGAAAAUCAGGCACAUGUUAACGGCGCUUGCGUAAUUUUAGGCAAAAUCACAUCUAAAUAUAAUAUCUAAGAUUUGUAAAUUACUUAUAGUUGGUUAGCAAUUGCAAUAGUUUCACAAAAGUAAAGUAACUGAAGCGACGCUUAGUAAAUUGCAAGCGCUGCCAACGAAAACGCAAAAAAAUGCAAAGAAAAAUUUGCAAAGAACAUUAGAAAAGAUACGUGGCAGUGCCAACUUGGGGAUAGGCUUAAACAUAAAUUAUUGCACUACUGCUUGAGCUGUUAGCAUCGCUAAGUUAAAAAUAUAAUGAGGUGAAUAGAGCUUGUUUUGCGUUUUUAGCGAGUUUAGCUGGUAAGACACUUUGAUUUUGCAUUUUUUUAUAAAGUGUAAAUAGUUAUAGAGACUCUUUKUUUGAAUUUAUUAUAAUUUUAUCAAAUCGUAUACAUAUGUCAGAAAGCCUGCCUAUACAUACAUACAUACAUAGUUGUAGCAAUUGCAAGAAAUAAUGUGUAUGUGUCCGUUUUUAACGCUUCAAAUAAUACGUUGUGUAUGUAUUUGUAAGUAAACAUAUUAUUAGCGUUGUUUAAUAUUGAAACACUGUAAAUAUUUGUAAAAUAUGAAUAAAGUAUUAAAAAAAUUUAAUAACUAAA